AUGCAACCAGCCACCAACAAAGCCGUCCUGCUGAUCGCCUUCGCAAUCAAUUCGUCUCCUCGCUUCGGAGCCGUCGUCGUCGUCUGCUCCUACAUGCAUGUGGUUACGAAUACCUACACAACUUUGACCCGACUGGAGAUGCACUCCGAUCCCCACGUAUACGAGGCUCGCACAGAUUUGAUCACAAUAUUCAUACUACUCAAACGAACAACGUCCUGCUGCAUCCAGCCAACAGUGCCGCUGUAG